AUUCCACUCCUGGGUAUAGAAUGUUUCUAACAGUGCUGUUUGUGAUAGCUUCAAACUGGCAUCAAUUCAAUGGUCUAUUCACCGUAGGAUGGAUAUGUAAUUUGUGGUAAAGUCACACAGUAGAAUGCUAGUAUACAGUCAUGAGUAUGAAUGAACAUACUGCUGCACAUAACCAUACGGACACACCUCAUGGACAUGAUGCUGAGCAAAAGAAAUCAGAAACACAAAAAUAUGCUCACUGUACAAUUCUAUUCAUAUAGUAAGUACAGAAAUAAGCAAAACUGAUCCAUGGCAUUGAAAGUCAGAAUGGUUACAUUAGGAGAGAUAGUGUCACCAACCCCUGCAGGUCAGGGACCCUACGAUGUCAUUCUGUCUGGUGUCACAUCACUAGGAUGAGAUAGGAGUGGUUUAGACCUGGAAAAGGAGUCGUGACGUGCAGGAAACCAUUACAACACCACUCGGGCCGUGCUCUCUGGCUGCUACCGCCACCCCCGUCCUUGCCUCUGGUACAAGUUAAAGAGCCAACACCAUGACUGACUCCAAGUACUUCACAACCAAUAAAAAAGAAGAAAUCUUUGAAUUAAAGGCUGAACUCAACAAUGAAAAGAAAGAAAAGAGAAAGGAGGCUGUGAAGAAAGUGAUCACCGCUAUGACUGUGGGGAAGGACGUGAGCUCUCUCUUUCCAGAUGUAGUGAACUGUAUGCAGACUGACAACCUGGAACUGAAGAAGCUCGUGUACCUCUACCUGAUGAACUAUGCCAAGAGUCAGCCAGACAUGGCCAUCAUGGCUGUAAGCUUUGUGAAGGACUGUGAAGAUCCCAAUCCUCUGAUUCGGGCCUUGGCAGUCAGAACCAUGGGGUGCAUCUGGGUGGACAAGAUCACAGAAUAUCUCUGUGAGCCCCUCUGCAAGUGCUUGAAGGAUGAAGAUCCCUAUGUUCAGAAAACAGCAGCAGUCUGUGUGGCGAAACUCCACGAUAUCAAUGCCCAGAUGGUGGAAGAUCAGGGAUUUCUGGAUUCUCUGCAGGAUCUCAUAGCAGAUUCCAAUCCAAUGGUGGUGGCUAAUGCUGUAGCAGCGUUAUCUGAAAUCAGCGAAUCUCACCCAAACAGCAACUCACUCGACCUGAACCCCCAGAACAUUAAUAAGCUGCUGACAGCCCUGAAUGAGUGCACUGAAUGGGGCCAGAUUUUCAUCCUGGACCGCCUGUCCAAUAAUAACCCUAAAGAUGACCGAGAGGCUCAGAGCAUCUGUGAGCGGGUGACUCCCCGGCUGUCUCAUGCCAACUCAGCAGUGGUGCUUUCAGCAGCAAAAGUCCUGAUGAAAUUUCUGGAGUUGUUACCCAAGGACUCUGACUGCUACAAUGUGCUGCUGAAGAAGUUGGCCCCUCCGCUCGUCACUUUCCUCUCGGGGGAGCCAGAGGUGCAGUACGUCGCCCUGAGGAACAUCAACCUAAUUGUUCAGAGAAGGCCUGAAAUAUUAAAGCAGGAAAUCAAAGUCUUCUUUGUGAAGUAUAAUGAUCCCAUCUAUGUUAAAUUAGAGAAGUUGGACACCAUGAUUCAUUUAGCAUCCCAAGCCAAUAUUGCUCAGGUUCUGGCCGAACUGAAGGAAUGUGCCACAGAGGUGGAUGUUGACUUCGUUCGCAAAGCUGUGCAGGCCAUUGGACGGUGUGCCAUCAAGGUGGAGCAAUCUGCAGAACGUUGUGUAAGCAUGUUGCUUGAUCUCAUCCAGACCAAAGUAAAUUAUGGGGUCCAAGAGGCAAUCGUCGUCAUCAGGGACAUCUUCCGCAAGUACCCCAACACAUAUGAAAGUAUCAUUGCCACUCUCUGUGAGAACCUAGACUCGCUGGAUGAGCCAGAUGCUCGAGCAGCUAUGAUUUGGAUUGUGGGAGAAUAUGCUGAACGAAUUGACAAUGCAGAUGAGUUACUAGAGAGCUUCCUGGAGGGUUUUCAUGAUGAAAGCACCCAGGUGCAGCUCACUCUGCUCACAGCCAUCGUGAAGCUGUUCCUCAAGAAGCCGUCGGAAACACAGGAGCUGGUGCGACAGGUCUUGAGCUUGGCAUCACAGGAUUCUGAUAAUCUUGACCUUUGAGAUAGGGGUUAUUUAUGGUGGCUUCUCUCAACGGACCCUGUCACAGCCAAAGAAGUAGUCUUGUCUGAGAAGCCACUGAUCUCUGAGGAGGCAGAUCUCAUUGAGCCAACUCUGCUGGAUGAGCUAAUCUGCCUCAUUGGUUCUUUGGCCUCUGUGUACCACAAGCCUCCCAAUGCUUUUGUGGAAGGAAGUCACGGAAUCCAUCGCAAACACUUGCCAAUACAUCAUGGGAGCACUGAUGCUGGUGACAGCCCUGUUGGUACCACCACUGCCACCAACCUGGAGCAGCCUCAGGUUAUUCCCUCUCAAGGUGACCUUCUGGGAGACCUUUUAACUGACCUCGGUCCCCCAGUCAAUGUGCCACAGGUAUCCUCCAUGCAGGUGGGAGCAGUGGAUCUCUUGGGAGGAGGACUAGAUAGUCUGCUUGGCAGUGACCUUGGCAGGGGCAUUGGAGGAAGUCCGGCAGUGGGACAGUCCUUCAUCCCGUCAUCGGUGCCUGCAACCUUUGCUCCUUCCCCUACCCCUGCUGUGGUCAGCAGCGGCCUGAACGAUCUGUUUGAACUCUCCACCGGGAUGGCCCAUGGUGGAUACAUGGCUCCUAAGGCUGUCUGGCCGCCUGCAGUGAAGGCUAAAAUAUUGGAGAUUUCCGGAACAUUUACUCAUCGUCAGGGGCACAUCUAUAUGGAAAUGAACUUCACCAACAAAGCUCUACAGCACAUGACAGACUUCGCGAUCCAGUUUAACAAGAAUAGCUUCGGUGUCAUCCCCAGCUCUCCCCUGGCCAUCCACACCCCGCUGAUGCCAAACCAGAGCAUCAAGGUCUCCCUGCCUCUCAACACCUUGGGCCUAGUCAUGAAGAUGGAACCUCUGAAUAACCUUCAGGUGGCUGUGAAAAACAAUAUUGAUGUCUUCUAGUUCAGCUGCCUCAUCCCACUCAAUGUGCUUUUUGUAGAAGACAGCAAAAGGGAGCGCCAGGUCUUCCUCGCGACGUGGAAGGAUAUUUCCAAUGAAAAUGAACUUCAGUUUCAGAUUAAGGAAUGUCAUGUAAAUGCUGACACUGUUUCCAGCAAGCUGCAAAACAACAACGUUUAUACUAUUGCCAAGAGAAACGUGGAAGGGCAAGACAUGCUAUACCAGUCUCUGAAGCUCACCAACGGCAUUUGGAUCUUGGCUGAGCUGUGCAUCCAGCCAGGAAACCUCAAUUACACACUGUUGCUGAAGUGCAGAGCUCCUGAAGUCUCUCAGUACAUCUAUCAGGUCUACUACAGCAUUUUGAAAAACUAAUAGGCUGGUCCGGUGCCCUCCAGCCACCCUGUGAUCGGUGCAAGCCAAGAACUCUUACCUGGAGGAAAUGGUAUUGUCACGUAGAAUCUGAACCCAAACACACCAAGGCCACCCACCAAGGUAGUGACUAGUGUAACCUGUGCUAAAUUAGGGCACAGCCUGUUGGAUAGUUUUAGCUUCCCGUGAACGUUUGUUAACCACUGCUUCACCCACUCCCCGCCUCUGGCCACCUGCUACCGCUGUCUGUCCCUGUUCGUGGGCUUCUCUGCACUGUGCCGUGGCUGGCAGUUCUGAGUGUAGUUUGAUAUUUUGUAAUUGAGAGCUCGUUUAAAAAGCAGAAAAAGACAAAAAAUAUUAAAGUAAGGAUAAGUGUCACUGAAAAAAAAAAAAAAGGAUGAGAUAGUAUUCGGUAAAGCAAGUCAGAAACUUUAUUCCUUGGCCAAGAAAUAGAGAAGGAUAAUUGAAUGCUCUAAUGAUUCCUCCUUCCUGAUUCUGGGGAAUUAGGAAAGUAUUAAAGGGUCUUGGGGGAAGUAGGCAGGUUCAAGAGUGGGGAUUUUUGAGGAAGGGCGGAGGGUUCUCGAUUUACAAGGGAGCAUGUCCAGUCCUCAAACAUGCUUGGGCCAUGCCUAGCCAUAUAUCUCAUGUCUCAUUUUAAUGUUAGAUCUCCACUUCUAAGAGUUAUUUUCAAUAUGCUAAUUAAGAAAAGUUCAUCAAAAGGUCACUUGGAAAGGGGUUUCAGGUGCUAUUUUGGAUUUUUCUGGCAUGGACUGGUUUCUUGGGUCCCUGGGUUCUUUAUCUGCCUCCUCCCACAGGCUUAGCUAGCCUUGGGAUUUCUACCUUUUCUUGACAAGUUCAGCCUGCUUUUUGUCAGAGGAUGUAUUGGAGAGACUGUAAGAAAGUAGAAGUUUAAAGAUUAACCAAUAUGUGGUGGCACAACCCAGUGACAAUACAACUGGAAGGGACAUUGGUAGGGGGUGACUCUACCUCCUGAUUUGGGUUUUGGUUUCACACAUAUGUUCAGUUUGUUUCUGGACUUCCUGUUGGAGACAGGAAAAUAAACUGAGAUCAUCCAAAAGAAAACAGGCUAUUUACUCAGAGCUUGCAAGAGUCAGCUACUAUCAAAUGCAUUUGGCAAGG